CGCUGCUGGAGCUGCUGUCGCCGCCGCUGCUGCUGCGGAGCCUCCGCGGGCCGCGACGCUCCCGGGACGCGCGUCGCUCCGUCCGAACGGCAGUUCCCGAGAGCUGUGAUUCCCAGCUGUGCUGCACCCCAGUUCCUGACACACACACUGCUGAGGGGGGAUCUGGCUUUCUAAAAGAAGAACAGUUUAGCGGAGGGUUGUCCAGCAACAACAGGAUCUGUGUGGAUUCAUAGUGACAAGAAGAAGGGAAGCAAAUUCCAGCCUUUUAAGAAGUUGUUUGGCAAGAAGAAAAAGAAGGGCCCUCUGUUAUCUCCAGAGGAGUCAGCUACAAGGCACUGUCUCUCUCUACAGAGCGCCAGCAAUGGGACCUUCUCUUCAGAUGAGGAGGCCCUAGAGAACAAUCUGAGGUUCUUCAGCUAUUCUAUGGGAGCACGGGCGUUCUCCCAUGACAGUAUUUUUAUCCCUGAUGGGGGAGCAGAAAGUGAGCAGACAGUUCAAGCAAUGUCACAGGACAGCAUCUUGGGCAAAGUCAAAACUCUUCAGCGACAGUUGGGCAAGAAUAUCAAGUUUGGGCAGCGGCGGCCGUCUAAUAGCAUUCCCAUGAAGAAGGCAGGCAGCGCAGACGUGGGCUCAGAGGAGGACUUUUUCCUGACCAGUCCCAUGGAAACUGCCACUCAGCAGGACACCAUCCUGUCAGACGCUGAGAACAGAGCCAGUGAUACACCGGGUUCCUCAAGUCCUCUGAAUCUACCUGAAGCCGGGAGUGAAAUGGAAGAGAAGGUUGUUCCAGUUAAACCCUCUCGGCCCAAAAGGCACUUCCCUUCUGCUGGCACCAUUGAAAGUGUCAACCUCGACGCCAUCCCCCUGGCCAUUGCCCGCCUGGACAACAGUGCCGCCAAGCACAAACUCUCGGUUAAGCCAAAAAACCAGAGGGUGUCAAGGAAGCACAGGUGGCUUGCCCAGGAUCGACAGGACCAGGCGGGCAGCUUGGAGAGCCAGUCCUCCCUGGACCAGAACGGGCAGCCGGGAGAAGACAAGCACGUUUGCCAUGAAGAGGAGCCAGAACCUUUGGAAUCCCAGGAGGAGAAAAGACUCCAGGAAGAGUACUGGCGGGAACUUGAAGCCAAGUGCAAACGGCAAAAAGCCGAAGCAGCCGAGAAGAGGCGCCUGGAAGAGCAGAGGCGGCAGGCGCUGGAGAGGAGGCUGUGGGAGGAGAGCCUCAGACACGAGCUGCUGGAGGAGGAGGAGGAGGAGGGCGAAGAGGCAGACGCGCAGCUGGAGGCAGGGAAGGCGCCUCCAGGGGAAGGGCGGCAGGCGGGUGUGGAGGAGCAGCGCUGCGCAGAGCAGGAGCCGGGAGAUGCCAACGACCCCGCGCGCCCCGAGCCGGCUGGGCGCAGGCGUGAGCAGGAAGAGGCCGAGAGGCAGGAGGAGAAACUGAGGCAGAGGGAUGCCCAGAGGCAGGAAGAGGAGCGGAGGCAGCGCGAGGCCGAGAAGAAGGAGGAGGAACUGAGGCAGGAGGAUGCCCAGCAGAAGCUGGAGGAGGAACUAAGGCAACUCGAGGCCGAGAGGCGGGAGGAGAAACUGAGGCAGCGCGAGGCCGAGACGCAGGAGGAGAAGCCGAGGCAGAGCGAGGCAGGGAGAGGCAAGAGCCCUCGGGAAGAGGAGGAGGCAGAGAGGAUGCUGCGGGAGGAAGAGGAGGCCAAGCGCGCGGGAGAGCCGAAAGGGCGGGAAAAGGAGGCGCCGGAGCCGCGGCUGGAGGAAGGCCCGCCGAGCCCACGAGGAGAUUGCCAGGCACUGCCAGCGGGCGACGCCGACCAGAAGGACCCCGGGGCGCGGGAGGAAGCAGAAAAGCCGGAGUCCGCGGGGUGGAGGGAGACAGCGGAGGAGCAGAGGGGAGAGACCGAGUCCGCGGGGCCGAGCGCCGGCGCAGACGCAGAGGGGGCGGGGGCUGCGCAGACAGACAUCCCCCGGCCGCAGGAGGGACCGGUGGGCGGGCUGCGGGCCCCGGAGGAGGAGGAGGACGACGAAGCGGCCGCUUCCGACGGCGACCGAAAGGGGGAGGAGCUCCGCUGGCAGGAGGUGGAGGAGCGGCAGAGCACGCCCCGGCCCUACACCUUCCAGGUGUCGUCGGGCAGCAGGCAGAUCGUCUUCCCCAAGGUCAACCUCACCCCGGUGACGCCCGCCAAGGACGCCGGCCCGGCCCCGGCGGCCCAGGAUCCGCCCGCGCCCCGCGGCGCCCUGCCGGCGGCGCUGAGCAUCCCGCACACGGCCAUCCUGGUCACCGGGGCGCAGCUGUGCGGCCCGGCGGUCAACCUGAGCCAGAUCAAGGACACGGCCUGCAAGUCCCUCCUGGGCCUGUCGGAGGAGAGGCGGCCCACGGACGUCCCCCCGGGGGAGCCCAGGGCCGGCGGGGGCAGGGCCAGGCCUCCCCCGGAGUCGCCGUCGGGCAGCUCGACGGCGCUGGCCGAGUGGGCCUGCAUUCGCUCCCGGAUCCUGAAGAACGCCGAGGGCGACCCCCGCGGCGACCGAGAGCCGGCCAGGGCCGGCGACGAGCCCGCCCCCCGAGCGCGCUGCGACUCCCGAGGGAGCGCGCGCAGGGCGCCGCCGGGCAACGCCAAGUUCUCCAUCACGCCCGCCUGGCAGAAGUUCUCGGACGGCGGCGGCGGUGCCGAGACCUCCAGACAGGGCCAGGACGGUGAAGGCGGGAGGAAGAAGCCGUCCGGGCCGGCGCCCAGCGGGGAGACGGCAACCCAGCCUCCCCCGCCUGCCCCGGCCCCGGAGCCCCAGAGGAGCCAGGACCAGCAGGAGGCGAGCCAGGAACCCCCCGACGCCACCGACGGGUGCAAAUUUGCCAAAGACCUUCCAUCGUUCCUCGUCCCGGGCCUGCCCUCCCCGCAGAGAGCUGCGUCCCGCACGGAGUCCACGACCACUCUGGACAGCGAGACCACGGGUGACGUAGGAGAGCCAGACCCCGCGACGCCGGGAGGUGAGGAAAAGGCCUCGCCCUUUGGAAUAAAGCUGAGAAGGACCAACUACUCCUUGCGCUUCCACUGUGACCAGCAGGCCGAACAGAAGAAGAAAAAGAGGCACAGCAGCACGGGAGAGAGCGCGGAUGGGGGCACCCCCGCGGCCGGGAGCGCCCCCGGAGAGAGAGAGCCUGAAGCCGUGGCCCCCAAGCACGGCCCACCCCUUCCCCAGGACAGAAAGCCAGCCCUCAGCCCUCGGAGGGACUCCGUGGAAAGCCAUUCUAGCGGUCACUCUGUUGCCGUCGCCCAGUCGGGGCCACCACCAGCCGGUAGCCAGACCCCAGCCCCGGAGCCCGACAAGGCAGCAAGCAAAAUGCCCCCGAUGCAGAAGCCGGCCCUGGCUCCCAAGCCUGCCACCCAGACCCCACCUUCAUCCCCGCUGUCCAAACUGAGCAGACCCCACUUAGUCGAGCUGCUGGCCAGGCGAGCUGGGAAGCUCGACUCGGAGCCCUGUGAGACCCGCAAGGAGAGCCAGGAGAGCAGUAGUAACCAGCCACCGUCGCUGUCGCUGCCAGAGUCGCCAAAGAGGCAGAAGAGGGAUGAGGAAGAAGUGCUAGAGAAGAAGCCCGCUUCCCCGCCUCCGCCAGCCAGCCAGCCAGAGAGAGCCUCCCUAACUCCUGAAACUGGUAGAAAAGAGAAGCCUGUGCUUCAGAGCAGGCACUCUUUAGAUGGCUCCAAAUUAACGGAGAAGGUUGAAACUGCUCAGCCACUGUGGAUAACAUUGGCACUGCAAAAGCAAAAGGGAUUUCGUGAGCAGCAGGCAACUCGAGAGGAGAGGAAGCAAGCCCGGGAGGCCAAACAAACAGAAAAGAUCUCCAAAGAAACGGCCAGCGUCAGCCCACAGCCCGGAAGCAGCCGAGUGAGCAGACCCGGUUCCCUGCACAGGUCCACCGCUCCAUCAGAAGAGAAAAAGCCGGAAACUGCAGUGUCCAGGCUCCAGCGCAGAGAGCAGCUGAAAAAGGCCAACACCCUUCCCACAUCCGUGACAGUGGAGAUCUCAGACUCUGCGCCGCCAGCACCACUGGUUAAAGAGGUCACCAAGAGGUUCUCCACCCCAGACGCUGCCCCUGUGUCCACAGAACCUGCCUGGCUGGCUUUGGCCAAAAGAAAAGCAAAGGCCUGGAGCGACUGCCCACAAAUUAUUAAGUAAACAGUGACUUUUACCCAUUUCUGUGGCCAGUUGUUGGCUCUUCUCUUGCCCUUUUUAUUUAUUUAUUUUUUAUAUGAGGUAAAGAAACCAAGCUAGGGAAAAAAAGAAGCAUGUUUUAUAGGCUCUAAAAUAAUGUUUAGAAACUGAACUGGUGGUGUUCAUUGUAAAGUGUAUUUGCACAACCCGGGGUCCUGGUGCCUUGAGCUCCCCCUAGUUCUCAAGAGACAAUUUUGUCUAAGGGACCACAUGAAGCAAAAUCUGCAAACGAGAGCUCCUCAGGAGAGCCUGCCAUGCCCUCCAUUCCAUGGCCCUCACAUAUGCACACCCAUGCACCAUUUCAGAACAUGUCCUUUUGCCAAUCUCUCUAAGUUUUUUUGAUUCUCUACUCUUCUCUCUAAAACGUUUACCCUACUGUGUUUGCAUAUGUAACAGUGACAGGUUCACAUGUACAUAAAACAUGGUGUCGCCCCUCUCCUGAAUGCAGGAAAAGAAAGGAAAAGCUGGUUCCCAACUCUGUGCCUAUGUCUGGUUUUCGUGAAUUUUCCCCACCCUAAGACCACAACAAAGCAAAUCCACGUACACUCACACAACACUAGAUCCCUAGUGUGCCCUGUCAUACUAGUAUACCCUCCUGAAAGACACAUGGACCAUCUGGCCUAGCUGGCUCCUAAGGAACAUUUGUAGGUAAUCUGGUGAAAAAAGGAAAUUCUGUGUCAGACUUGUCUCCGAGCAUCUCUGUGGUGGUUGAUCUGGAGACUAGGUAUUCAGAUGUUAGUAAUCUUCAUGAAGAGCUAGGCUGCAUUCCCAAAUCCUGGGAACACAGGGCUUAGAAUAUAUAUUUUAGGAAAAACUCUUCAGAUGAAAUCUGAUCUGACCCAAAGGUGAAGAACCUUGGGGUAUGAUGACUGGUGCCAUCUAGCUUUUCACACUGAAGAGAAGGCUUGUCCAUCCAAAGAUGGAAAGUGAAACAAGAAAAUAAAACAUCACCCACACCAGCCAUGUAUGUACGAUAGUUUAGGUUGCCUCCGAAAUCUGCCCUUGGCCUUUUGGGGAAAUGAACAAGCCAAGAUGUGUAACCUAUCUGUACUAAGGACUUCCAGCAGAGAAUUGUCUUUCUUUACUAUACUUGAAUAAUUAUGAGUUGAAUGUUCCAAAGCAUUUAAAAUUUAGAGCAUUCACCUUGAUACCUUUAAAAAAAAAGCAUCUCAGAGUUUUACGUGGCCUUGUUAUCAUACACGUGUAUACAAAGAAGGGACUUGGCAGUUUCAAAGCCACCUGUAUUUGUUUAUUUCUCUAGAUUUGCUUUCCAUGACACUAGACAUACCAGCAAACGCCUACAGAGUGCUGGCACGAACUUUGUACCACAUGGUGUUGGCUUAUUUCCCUUCUCAUGGAUUCUUAUAGGUGCGGUUCUUCGGCCAGUGCAGGGGGAGCCGCAUCGCUGUUCCUCCCACACUGAGGUGUUUUAGAGCACCCAUUAUUACCUUUCCUUUGUGCUUACUCAAUAUGCAAUGUGCUGUUACUCUGUCUCCCCUACAGGGUGGCAGGGAUGCUGUUUACCAUAUAGAAACCAUUUUCUCUCUAGAAACAAUGGCUCAGCUUCAUAAAGCAGCUGGCAUGUGUGGUCAAGUGGAUAGCCGUACUAUUGCAAGUUGGAUUUAGUAUUAUACAUACUGGACCUUCAGACUGUUAAGAAUCAAUAUAACUUUUUUUCCUUUUUUUUUUUUUACUGCUAUUAUAAGCAAAUACUAUUCCACUGCAUGUUUUCCAUACUAGGGUUCAUUUUUCAAUCUUAUGUGUAGAUGUUUGUUAGUUCGAUGAUUUCCUCACUGUUUAUAACACAUUUGAAUGGGAAUCUUUCUACCCAAAGCCCUAGAAUUAUAGUGCUACAGUGAUUCUUCCAAAUCGACUUCUUCCAUCCUGCCAGCUUUGGCCAGUACCACAGUCACGGCAGAAAACAGGUACAGAAAUAAGAUGAUUAAGAAAGAAUAGGACUGGGCAUGGUGGUACAUGCCUUUUACCCCAGAAUUUGGUAGGCAGAGGCAGGUGGAUCUCUAUGUGUGCAAGGCCAGUCUGGUCUACAUAAUGAGUUCCAGGCUAGCCAAGGGUACAUAAUGGAGACCCUGCCUCCAGACAAAGAAAAAAAAAUAGUAGAUGCGUUCAUACUGACUCAGCACCACGAGCCUAUACACAAGACAAGAAACAGCGUGGCUAGGAAUGCCUCAUCACCAUCUUUAAAAGAAGAAUGUACUGAGGAAAAGGCAGCCAUCAUACUUGCUGAAGAGUACGUUUAACAUUUCAUUUAACGUCACCCCAAACCUGCACUAAAUACCAAUCGAGUGUUAUUCUGCUUUAGCUGUGUUGCACUUUUCUGAGCAACAGGCUAUGGGAAAGUUCUAUGAAAACAAAAAAUUCAAGACUUUUUUUUUUUUUUAAUGAAUGACUGCUGUAUUAAAUACACAACCUUUUUUUUUUUUUUAACACACUUCUGGCAAGGUUGUAGAUGAGUAACCUCUCUGUUCAUAGACUUAUCUAUGGAAAUAGAAUUUUUUGUUUACUUUAAAAACGUCUCAAGUGCAAUUGUUUCUUACAAAACAUGGCUGAUUACCAUUAAAUUCUCAUUUUAGCUGGUUAACUCCAAAUGUAUAGUAUGUAUCCACCAUCUCUUCUUGUGAUGUUUAGUUUGCUUAUUUUAAAGCAGCAACAUUAGCUACAAGUGUCUUGCAAUAUUUUUACCAACAAUAAAAUUAAGUAGAUACUUAAUAAAAAUUCCUUAGUGUGAUUUUAAUAUUAUUUUGAGAUUUUGGUUGUACACAGUUUGAAUGUAAAAAUGUCCAUUAUUUAAGGGAAAAGACCUUUCAAUAAAAUACCGACAAGAUCCUUGGCACUCAUGGAAUGUCCUUUGUAAGCUGAAGUUCUGACUGAUUUCAGUGGCCAGCUAUGAGUAAUUUUUUUAUUUACAGAGU